AUGGUCCGGUUGAAAAAUCGUUGGCUUCUGUUUGAAAUCACAUACGACUCUACGCGUCCACCUGAUCUGAACCUGAGAGAUAUUUCGUCGGUCGUCAAGGAAUCGAUCAGUUUUAACUUUGGAGAUGUUGGACUUGGUUCUAUUCUUAGUUCAAUCAGUGGAACCAUAAAAAAAUGCCAACUAGCAGCCAUUGAAUAUGAUCGACAACAAAUACUUGCACUCAAACAUGCAGAUAAACUCAAAGAUGAUCAAGAUGUCGAUCAUCUCUUGGAGCGAUCCCGGCGUGAAAUUAUGGCGGUCGAAAUAUGA